AUGAUAGAUACUGGCGCCACUCAUUCAUUUAUUACCCAAGGUGCAUUGAGCACAUUAUAUCAUUCAGCAAUACCACCAUGUGAUCGUACAGCUCAAUUAGGUGAUGGUCAAACCAUGCUUAAAAUAGUGGGUGAAGUUCAAUUAUUAUUACAAUUCGAUCAAGUUUUUACACGUUUAAAUGUUCUCGUCGUCAAAACCAUGAAUACUGAUUUUAUACUUGGUAGUGAUUGGUGUACUAGUAAUGCAGCACGAAUCGAUUAUGAAAAAAAUCAAGUGUCUAUACGCUCAUACAAUGGUCGUAUAUUUAUUCCAUAUCCCAAAUGCAUUGAUUCUUUAACUCUAGAUGUCAAAUCAAUUAAUGUAAUUCAUAUACCACCACGUGAAUCAUAUACAGUUCAAGCCAAAGUAGAAUUAUCGUCAGCCGAUACCGUCUACUUCUCGCCUAUUGAUGCUACACAAUCCAACAAAUCUAUUUUAAUGUCACCAUCGUUGUUACACAUAAAUAAUUAUACCACAUAUUUAGAAAUAUAUAAUCCUCAUAAUUAUACCUGCACAUUACCAAUGAAUACCCUUCUAGGUCAUGUAACACACACACCGUAUCAUGUACAUUCAUGUCUAUUAUUUGAUACACCUAGUCGAUCAUCGACAUUAUCCUAUCAACAUCCUAUUAUUAAUACAAUUGAAAUCGAACCAGCAUCUUCUACAACAUCCAAAACAAUUGAUAAAUUACUUGCUCAUAUUCAAACUGUUCAGGAUCAACAACAAUUACGUUUUAUAUUACAACAGCAUAAAAAAAUUUUUGAUCUUUCAAAUGUUACACAAGCCAACACACAUAUGCAACACACUAUUAACACCGGUGAUAGUCUUCCGAUUAGCUCACGACCGUAUCCGAGAACAGUUGAACAACGACGUGAACUCCAAGAUGAAAUUCAAAAGAUGCUGCAAACGAAUCAAAUUCGUCCAUCCAAUUCGCCGUGGUCAUCUCCAGUUAUUAUUCACAAAAAGAAGGAUGGUGGUAUUCGUUUUUUAGUGGAUUAUCGUAAAUUAAACUCGGUGACCAAAAAAGAUUCUUUUCCGCAGCCAACAACUGAAGAAUUAUUACAUCGAUUAGGUGGUCAUUGUUUUUAUACAAAAUUAGAUCUUAAAUCAGGUUAUUUUCAGCUUCCUAUACAUGAAACAGACAAAGAAAAGACAGCAUUUAUAACACAGGAUGGCUUGUGGGAGUCCAAUGUACUUCCACAAGGCAUUAUGAAUGGACCCCCAACGUUUCAAAGGAUCAUGCACAAUCUUCUUGGUUAUGGACGAUGGGACUAUGUUAUGGUCUAUUUAGACGAUAUUCUUAUAUUUUCUCGUAGUUUCAAUGAACAUAAAAAACAUUUAAAUGAAAUUUUAUCAAUAUUAGCUAAAGCUAAUUUUCAAGUUAAUCCUGAUAAAUGUUCUAUUGCUGUUCAAGAAAUCGAUUUUUUAAGCCAUACAAUCAAUGAACAAUUUAUUAAACCGAAUGGUAAUAAAAUUACAGCAAUUAUUGAUCUACCUGCUCCAACAACACUUAAAGAAGCAAAUGAAUUUUUAGGUAAAAUUAAUUGGUACCGCAAAUUCAUUCCGGAUUUUGCUCGUAUAGCUGCUCCAUUACACAAAGUUACCAAUAAAACAAAACGUCAUCGACAUGAAUUUAAAUGGGGACCUGAUCAACAACAUUCGUUUGAUGAAUUUAAACGUAUUUUAACAACAUAUCCUUUGGGUGAAUCCAUGGAGAGCCAUCCACUUUUUGGAAAAGUUUUUUUUUUCGAUUUUUUUUUCGUUCAAAAGGCUGAUCUCGGCUAG